AUGCGCGUCCGUGCCACCGAUCCGAGGCCCUGCCCGAAGUGCGGCAAGAUCUACCGGUCGGCCCACACGCUCCGUACGCACCUGGAGGACAAGCACACCGUGUGCCCCGGGUACCGGUGUGUGCUGUGCGGUACGGUCGCCAAGUCUCGCAACUCGCUCCAUUCGCACAUGUCCCGCCAGCACCGUGGCAUCUCGACCAAGGAUCUGCCCGUGUUGCCGAUGCCGAGCCCGUUCGAUCCGGAUCUCGCCUCGCGGUUGCUGGCCAAGGCCGGGGUCAAGAUUUCACCGGCCGAACUGAGGGCCCGCGCAUCGCCCACCGGCACGCGCCGUAACGAUGGCAUGAAGCUGGAGCUGCGAUCGGGCGAAGGUGGCGAAGAGUUUGACGAUCCCGAGGACCUGACCAUGUCGCAGAGCAGUCACAGCGAAUCACAGCGGCGCUUCCACGAGAGCAUGAUGGGAAUGUCCCCGACAGGCUUCAAUCAUCUCAACUCGACCACCAUUACGCGCGUGCGACCCGGAGAAGGCACACCGAAGCACGGAUUGGAUGCGAUGGUAGGCCGUGACGGAGGGAACGGUGGACCGGCUGGGAAUGGUGGAGCCAGCGGAAACGGUAGCGGAGGCAAUGGUCUCGGCGGCUCCGAUCGGCACGGUGGUGGCGGCGGCGGCGGCGGAGUGGGUGCUCCCGUUGGGCCGAUGAACCACAUGCAGCAGAACACCCCGACCGGAUCUGCCAUCUUGGACACGUACUUGCAGUUUAUCACGGAGAAUGCAUUCGGAAUGAGCGGAAUGACACAAGAGCAGGCAGCGGCUGCCGCACUACAAGCAGCCAAAAUUGCGCACCUCAAAACGCUCGGCCACAAUCUCGACCAGCUGCCACCCGGAUUCCUGCCGCCACAGCUAGACCUGGCCAAGCUCACCAGCAACAACAACCAGAACGCUCCGGAUCUGUCGCCACUCGCGAAACUGCAAGCGUCACCGAACGUGUCCAUCGACCAGUCGGCCACCUGCAAUCGGGCCGGCAGUGUCGACGCCGAUCGACUGUUACAAACGAGCAACCACCAGAAACUGCUGGCCCUGGCGGCGGGCGCUCCCGGUGGCAAUGGCGGUGGCCAUGGGUUGAACAACAACAACAGCAUACUGAACAGUGACGCCAUCCGGCGUGGCGGAUCCUCCGAGCCGAUGGAUCUCGGUCUCGACGGAUCGGGCGCCCACGAUGAUGACGGCAACAGCUCGGCCGACGAGAGGAACUAUUCGGACGACGAAAGCAUCGUCACGCACUAG